AAACCCCACAUGGCUGAGAUUGAGAAAUUCGAUAAAUUGAAAUUGAAGAAGACAGGAACACAAGAGAAAACCCCCCUGCCUUCAAAAGAAAUGACUGAACAGGAGAAGCAAGCCAGUGAAUCGUAAUGAAACAGGUGUUGCCAAUAUUCACACUGUACAUUCCAUAAGUAUUGCCUUCUUAUUUUACUUCUUUUAGCUGUUUAACUUUGUAAGAUGCAAAGAGGUUGGAUCAAGUUUAAAUGACUCUGCUGCCCCUUUUCAUAUCCAAGAACUACUGACAACGGUG